CGAGUCGUGCGCGAAAUCACGCACAUCUCAGUGGACAUGCGAUGGCAAACCCCGGCCCUAGAAGCAUUGCAGGAGAGAGCCGAGGAUUACAUCACCGGGCUGAUGGAGGACGCCAACUAUGCUGGGAUGCAUGGGCGCACGACAAGCCAACCUGGAGACAUGAGGUUGGUCCGGCAAGUCCGAAGGGAGCCAGGGAAUUCCGUUUACUACAGGAGACGGAGUUGGGACCUGGAGGGUCAACUCGUCCAUAGACUCUAG